AUGGCCCUUCUGAGGCACAUCUCGCCAGCAGCAGCGGUGACAGCAGCAGCAAGAGUGGCGGUGGCCUUGGGGGGCCUGAGCAGGGGCUAUCUGGGGAAGAUCAGGCUUUAUCUGGGCCAACCAGCGAAGUUGAUGCAAGCGUGGCAGGUGCUGCUCCCCACUCUGGAGUUCCUACUCGGCCUCAUAGGCCACUACACCAGCCGCCUGAGCUCCAAUGCAGCUGAUAUCCGCAUUACUAUCACUGGCCUCAACACAGCCAUGCGCUGUGCCAUGACUAUCACAGAGGCCUUCCCCCAACACACAAGCGCCUUUGCCAUCCAGAGGGCGGCACACAGAGGGGCGGACGUACGAAUCAGGCAGGGGGCUCUGGUUCUGCUGCGCCGCAUUGUGACCAGCAUGCCGCAAGUGUGGGCGGGCAGCGAGGAGCAGUUCUGCCAGGGAGCGAUCUACAUCAUCCAAUCAGAGGAGGCCAUGGAGAGCGCGCAGGAUACGUCAGCACAGGAUAUUUUCGCUCUGGGGUGGGUUCAGGGACGCUCGUCCCUGAUUCACCCUUCCCUAGGCCUCCCCUCUAGCGAUCCCUCCAGCCCUGGGGUUUCUGCUAGCGCUAAAGGGGGAGAGUGGGGAGGAGCGAGGGAAUUAGGAGGAGGAGCAGGGGGAGCAGCAGUGGGGUCGAGCAGUGGUGGAGGAGGGAUGGGGGGAGCGGCAGGGGGGGGAGGAGGAGGAUCAACGGUGGGAGGAGGGUCAGGAGCAGCAGGAGGGGUGUCGCCGAUAGAAGCAGUGCUGCUGCGGCCAGUGGGAGAGGUGGAGGUGGAGUGGAGCUCUGCGUGCUCGUCCCUGCUAGGAGCAGCUGUGCUUGUGGCCAGGAACACACCGUGUGAUGAGACUCGCAAGGAGAUAGUUCAGUCUAGGCGGCUCAUUAGGAGAUCUGCAUGUGCUUCCCUGCUGGGCGCAGCUGUGCUUGUGCCCAGGAAUGUCCCUUGGGACGAGACUAGUUUUGAGACAUCUCAAAACAGGAAUGUCCCUUGGGACGAGACUAGUUUUGAGACGUCUCAAAACAGGAAUGUCCCUUGGGACGAGACUAGUUUUGAGACAUCUCAAAACAGGAAUGUCCCUUGGGACGAGACUAGUUUUGAGACGUCUCAAAACAGGAAUGUCCCUUGGGACGAGACUCGCAAGGAGAUAGUUCAGGUAGUGUCUCAGGUGGUUCAUUUGGCGCUCUGCCUGUGCGGUGUUGCCGUUGCCGUUGCCGACCUAAAACUUUUUGCUUCGUGCUCCUUGUUCCCCAUUCCUCUUCAGCUCCUAACCUUUCUCUUCCUUCCUGCCCCAUGGUCCCCUCCCCAUCUCCCUCCUCAUCUCAUUCUCGCCAUGGCAGCCACCAACCAACCAGCUGCUGCCAGCUCACCCAGUCCCCGCCACCUCUUGUCCUCUCCCCAUAUCGUCUCAUCAACAAUAUCACCUGUCCUGCCCCAUGUUCCCCACCCCCCUCCUCAGCUCAUCCUCGCCAUGGCAGCCACCAAUCAGCUGCUGCCAGCUCACCCAGUCCCCGCCACCUCUUCCACUGAUAGCAGUACCAGCACCAGUGCCAGAGGCAGCAGUGGUAGUGGGGCGGCGAGGGAGGCAAGGAGGAGGGCGGCAGGAGGGGGAGGGGAGGAGGAUCCGCUGUAUCACGUGUGCAGCAAGGGACUGAGCAUCCUUGCCAAUACUGUGCAUACCAUGGAUGAUGUGUUGCUGCUGGCUCUGCUGCGAUCGCUGGUGAAGUCAAGCCUCGACUGCAUCCUACCGCUGGUCCUGCAAUGCCUGUCAACGAUCAUCGCUCGGAAGUCACCCUCUGCUGUGCCUGAAGCGGGGGAAGAAGCCACAGGAGGAACUGGGGGGGCCAGCGGAAUCAGCGGGGUAGAAGGGGGGGCGACCAGCAGUGAUGGGAGUGAGGGAGGGGAUGCAGGUGGUACAGUGGGUGCAGCCAUUGGUGUGAAGGACGAGAGUGCAGAGAGGGAGAUUCGAGGGCUUUCCCAGUUCAAGCUGCCUCCUUUGGAGGUAGGAGCUUCUACCUCGGUUGCUUGUUUUGCUUGGAAGCGACAAGACACUCAUCGAUGCACCGAGGAGAAUGAGAAUCUUCCAG